CUACAUUUUAAAAUAAGAAUUCGGUUUUGGGAAUAAUUAAAAAUGGAGGCGUUUAACCAGUUCUUUUUUUAAACGAUUAAUUAGUACUCUGGGUCUCUUGGAAAGUUUGAUUAAAGUUACUAGUGUGUUCAGUCUUUCACAGCGGUUUUUUUGUUGUUUUUUUUAAAGGGCAGGUUUUUUUUUAUAAUUUUUUAAAUACUAUUUUAAGUUAGAUUACUGUUUUUAAAAAGUGUUAUAUUGAAAUGUAGCUAAGUUUUUAGUAUUCAAAUUUUAUGAAGGUAGCUAAAGAGUUUCUUGGCUGUUUUCAAGCAAAAGAUUUUGACAUGUAGACAUGUUUGUAUCCUUGCUUCAGUUAUUUUAAAGAACAGAAAUUGGAAAAAAGAAAAUGCAUUUUUCUUCAUAAAGUUUAACUUCCGUAGUUGAAAUUCAUAAGGGCACAAAUGGGUUUUGUAUUUCUAAAAGCAUAAGGUUAAGUCAAAAGCUUACAUAACUCUUUGAGGAUUCUCAGUUGCUGUCAGAAAUAGAAAAAAAUUGUCUUGCCUAGUACAUAGGGAAAUUUACUUAAGUUGUGAGAUACUUAUCUUCUGAGUUGUAAUGCAAUUAAAUGUAGUGAAUCAUUGACUUAGAGAAUUCAUGAGGGAGGAAACUGAAGGGGAGAGAUUGUCAUUUGACAACUAUUUUUAAUUUAAUCACAGUAUCUUUUUACCUAAUAUUCUCUGGGUUGCUUUGAACUGACAAUUUACAAUGUCUGAUUUUGGUCUCAUUGUGGGUUUGGUUUUGGGUGUAGUUCAUCUUUUUGUGUGUCUGUCUACUAACCUGGCUAAUGAUUUGAUCUAAGUGCAGCUGUAGUCUUAAUUCUUUAAUUUAAAAGAGAGUUAAGGGAAACAAAGUUUUUUUCUAACCUUCCUGUGUUUGCUAACUUAACUUUUUCUUUGUUUCAGAUUGGAGUGAAUUCAGAUAUAUAACUCAACCUCAUUAGAGAGCUUUUAAAAAAAGUUGAUUCGGUGCAUGAGAGCAAGUUACUGCUGCUUAACCGUUCAGAGACUUACAGGUGCUUGCCUGCAUUGCAAUAAAGGACUCAAUAUUGAGCAAGACUUAUAUUUAUCUCUUCGUUUUGGAGAGCCUAAUAAACUGUAUUACAGUUUCUCUACUGACUUUCAAAAGUUUUGAAGUUUGGAAGAGACAUCUGUACAUUUAAUACAGCAUGAGCACGGCGAGAACAGAGAACCCUGUUAUAAUGGGUCUAUCCAGUCAAAAUGGUCAGCUGAGGGGCCCUGUAAAGCCCAGUGGUGGCCCUGGAGGAGGGGGCACACAGACACAGCAACAGAUGAACCAACUGAAAAACACCAACACAAUCAAUAAUGGCACUCAGCAGCAAGCACAGAGUAUGACCACCACUAUUAAACCUGGUGAUGACUGGAAAAAGACUUUAAAACUCCCUCCAAAGGAUCUAAGAAUCAAAACUUCGGAUGUAACCUCCACAAAAGGAAAUGAGUUUGAAGAUUACUGUUUAAAGCGGGAGUUACUGAUGGGAAUUUUUGAAAUGGGCUGGGAAAAGCCAUCUCCUAUUCAGGAGGAGAGCAUUCCCAUUGCUUUAUCUGGUAGGGAUAUUUUAGCUAGAGCAAAAAAUGGAACAGGCAAGAGUGGUGCCUACCUCAUUCCCUUACUUGAACGGCUAGACCUGAAGAAGGACAAUAUACAAGCAAUGGUGAUUGUUCCUACAAGAGAACUUGCUCUACAGGUCAGUCAAAUUUGCAUCCAGGUCAGCAAACACAUGGGAGGGGCCAAAGUGAUGGCAACCACAGGAGGAACCAAUUUACGGGAUGACAUUAUGAGGCUUGAUGAUACAGUGCACGUGGUAAUAGCUACUCCUGGGAGAAUCCUGGAUCUUAUCAAGAAAGGAGUAGCAAAGGUUGAUCAUGUCCAGAUGAUAGUAUUGGAUGAGGCAGAUAAGUUGCUGUCACAGGAUUUUGUGCAGAUAAUGGAGGAUAUUAUUCUCACGCUACCUAAAAACAGACAGAUUUUAUUAUAUUCCGCUACUUUCCCUCUUAGUGUACAGAAGUUCAUGAAUUCCCAUUUGCAGAAACCCUAUGAGAUUAACCUGAUGGAGGAACUAACUUUGAAGGGAGUAACCCAGUACUACGCAUAUGUAACUGAGCGCCAAAAAGUACACUGCCUCAACACGCUUUUCUCAAGGCUUCAGAUAAACCAGUCGAUCAUUUUCUGUAACUCCUCUCAGCGAGUUGAAUUGCUAGCCAAGAAGAUUUCUCAACUGGGUUAUUCUUGCUUCUAUAUCCAUGCUAAAAUGAGGCAGGAACAUCGAAAUCGUGUCUUUCAUGAUUUCCGAAAUGGCUUAUGCCGCAAUCUUGUUUGCACUGAUUUGUUUACCCGAGGUAUUGAUAUACAAGCUGUGAAUGUGGUAAUAAACUUCGACUUCCCAAAGCUGGCAGAGACCUAUCUCCAUCGUAUUGGAAGAUCAGGUCGCUUUGGUCAUCUUGGCUUAGCUAUCAACUUGAUCACCUAUGAUGAUCGCUUCAACCUGAAAAGUAUUGAGGAGCAGCUGGGAACAGAAAUUAAACCUAUCCCAAGCAACAUUGACAAGAGCCUAUAUGUGGCAGAAUACCACAGUGAGCCUGUAGAAGAUGACAAACCAUAACAAGCAUGUGCGUACCCUACCGAAUAGCUAAGCUUUGACAAACUAACGGCUUGUUUGGAUCUGUGACACAUCAUUUUGGGGGGAUGCUCUUCUCUUUGUGGGUUUUUCAACUUUUAUUUUGGAACUAUGAAGACUUAAAAGAACUCAGACAUUUUUUUCUUUUAACUGGUGAAGAGAAAAAAGCUGAAAAGAAGGAAUUUACCUUUUUUGUUCCACUUGUUUGCACUGUGUGCUGACUGAACAUUAGUUGCACUAACUGCUGGUUUUUUAAAAAUGUUUUCUGGGGAAGGGGGACAAGGAAGGAGGAGAGAAAAGAGAAGGGGAGAGACCCUAAAAGAGAAGAACCUUGAUGAACACACGCCCGCCUGUGAUUCCAGAAUCCCCAGCAGCUGGCUCAAGUGCAUGUCAACUUCUCCCUGGCUCCUCAUCCAUUUUUUAAGCCUGAAGAGCUUAUUACUUAUUUGUGCGAAGUGCCUUAUGCUAUGAGACCAUUCAGAAUAUCAUCUUUUAGACGCAGCCCAAGGAAUCAACAAUAGUAAUUCUUUCCUAUUUUCUUUUUAAAACUUUUUUUCAUUUUGGUUUCAUGUUGAAGUCUCUCUCUUCUCUUUCUACCCAAUACUCAAGCCCAGGGCUGAAAGAUGAAACGUAUCACAGUAAAGUUAAACAUCAUUUUUUUUCUUUAAGUGGAGGAGUUGAUAUGCAACUGCAGUUCAUCCGCACUGUAAAUACAUGUAUUUAAAAAAACAAAACAAAACAAUCCCAAGUAAAAAUUUCUUCUGGGCCGAGUAGAUGCAAGCAACAUCAUCGCUCGCAAAGGAAAGAGCAGUCUGUCAUUGCAGGAGCCAUAUGACAAGCCUUUGUGCUCUACAGCAGAACACUAAAGACUGGUUUACAUACGCCUCCUUAGCAGUUAUGGCACUUGAUGUGUAGACAUGUCAGCCUUGACCCUCUUUCCUCUGUGGCAAAGCGUGUCCCAUAGAAAAUUGGGUGUGUAUACUUGUAUAAACUUUGUAAAUACGUUUUUUUUCUGGGUUCAUAUAUAUAUAUAUACAUAUAUAUAUAUAUAUAUAUAUUAUUUUUUUUUGGAUGAAGGUUGCUGGGAUUAAGGGGAUUAGAGUGAUUAUGGGAGCAGCUAAAGAUGAGAGGGGCUCAGUUUUCCGCAACACUAAAUUCUAAGAAGUACUUGGACCUCUUACUGUAGAGAGCAGACUCCUGUGGGGACCCUAUGUUGGAAAAGGGCCCCAGAAAUCUUCACUGUUUGCUGCCACACUAUCUCUAGUACCUUUAGAGGAGGCCUACCAGGGGGAGCAAGGAAACUUCAAAAACCUAUAAUUCAUGGUGGUGUUUUUGAGAAGCUCUCUCUGAUUUUGCUUCUUCCCCCUUUUUAAAAGUUUGAGAAACUUUUUAAGCUCUGCAAAAGGGGACAAAGAUUCAUCUGCCUUGCAGUGUGGGAAUUCAGUUGAGUGGCAGUGUCUGAGCAGGAUAUGUAUAAAGCUUGGAUUUGCAUUUCACGAUGUUAGCCAGUACUGGCUUUGGUAAGGUUAGCAGUUCUGGAGCUUAAUUUCUGUGGAUUGCCUCCUGUACUGUGUAAGUGUGUUGCCCUCUGCUCACCUUGAUACAUAAACUUGCAGGAAUGGGCAACCCCUGAGAGCUGUUAACUUUAAUGCUGCAGCAAGCUGCUUGCCAUCCUCUAGCUUUGUGACAAGAAUUAUCAUUUUUGCAUUGUAAAUUGCUGGCAAAUGCUUUACAGUCAAUAGUGUUGCAUUAAAUUGUGCCCCUCCCAACAUGCUUGAUGUUUGGCCUGAUCUCCAGGCAAAAGGAGUGAGAUGAAUCAAACCAGUGAACUUUUUUUAAACAAUGUUUUUAAUGCCCUUUUAACCCAGUAUACUAGGUCAAUCAGGAGGCAUCUAGGGUUAAGAAGCAAAAUAAAUUCUUAAAAUUUGGUUUCCACAUUUCAUUGUUUUUUGAAGUCCUAAAACAGUCCUGCCUAAGCUUCAUGCUUAACUCAUCUGGAUAAAGAAAUCAGUUACUCAAAGUUGCUUUUUUGACUCAGUCUAGUUCUAAACAUAUUUGUGACUCACCCAAAAUUCCUUGAAGAUCAAAAUCCUGCAGAUGCCUCCUGAUCAGACAUAGCCCUAACUCCUUAAAAACUGUAGCAAGAGCUGCACAGUACAAACCCAAAAAAGAAUAAGCUCAUUUAUUUGGUGUCCAAGCCACAUAGGUUCUUCUAUCCAGCCAAUGUUGGCAACUAAAUACAAGCCCUAAUUAAGGAGUAACUUUUUUUUCCAGGGAGGGAUGGGGGGAGGGAAUUUAAAAGGCAUCAACUUUUGACCAAAAGAAAAAAAACUUGCCAUGUACUGAUGCAGCUCUUUUUCUCCCCCACCUCUGGCAAGAUAAGAGGGAUCAUUAUAGAAGAAAAGCAAGAAAGCUCAUAAAUAUAGUUUUAUAUCUUGCUAGAGUGUGGGUAACUAUAAACAGCACAGUCCUCUCUGCCAUCCUCAGACUGUCUGCUUGGUGCCACAUGCCUGUGGGUCCCUCUUAAAGCACAGACUUUAAAUUGAAAGUAUUACUGAAGUACAGCCUCUGAUGAGGAGUGGCACUUAAACUGUCUGGGACACCAGUAUUGGACACAGUCUUAUUUAGGCGGCUGUCCAGUUUUGGUGCUUGACUAGAAUAAGAAUUGUAAAAUGGAAAGAUGCUCUAAGGGCUAGGUCAAAGCCUAGUCUCUUUCUUUUUAAAUCCCCCUCACAACAAGAAACAUUUGUUACUAUUGGAAAUUGUUUUCCUGUUUUUGCAGUAUGGGGUGUUUAUUUUAAGUAAUGGUAAUAUUUUUCCAGCAGUUCAUUUGGAUGAAAACUAUUCUCUGUUUUUAAUACUUAAAUAACAUCCAGCCCAUGGUUGAUCCUGUGGUUGUAUAGUUGUGUAAUGGGUUAUGGACUGUUACACACCUUGCUGCCUCUGGGCCUGUUUUGUCUUUCCCUCCCCAUACACACUGAUGGGGAAGCUUUCUUGCCUUUCCGUUAGGAAUGGAAUAGAUUCCAAAAUGAUUUUCCAUGGGAAGAAGUAAGGGAGAGGGAAACCUAAAUAUAUGUCUCUAAAUUUUCAAGUUUGCCCUGCAUCAUAAUAAGGGUUGGCCCCAAAGGUGGGUGGGGGUGGGGGGACAACUGGUUAUCAAUAUUUGUUUUCAGAAUGAGAUGGGAGCAUCUUUCCUUUGCCAUGUGCUUUGUGUUUGAUACCAUCACGCUUGGGUUAGAACCAGACAACUCAGCACAAAGCCUUGAGUGUAAAUUGUUGGAAUCAAAACAUCUCAUUCUGAUCACUUGGUUUAAUUUUUUUCUUUUUUCUUUUUUUUUAAUAGGGGUGGGAGGGAGGUGACUGUGCCCCAAAAGGGAGGGUGUCUGCACUAAGGAUUUAGAAACACUUUGCAAGCUCAUAACCUCAUCAGAAACUGCCUUUAGCCACACUCCUGACCUUAUAGAUGAGUAACAAAAACAUGAAAUAGAUUCUUGGAAAUUAAGCCAUGUUAUUUUAAUUUGGAACUUUUUUCAGCAUUCUAUGUAUCUUAAAAAUUGUUAUUGUGGAAUCAUUUUCUGGCAAAGUAUCUUUGUCAAACAAAAUUACUGGCCUCGUGGGAGCUGACGUCAGUCAACUUUUUGGUGAGCUUAAGUGGACUUUGGUGAGCUUAUAGUUCUGUAUAUCCUUAAAGAGUUUUAUUUAAACUCCCAAAGAAAAUCCAUUCUCCUGAUCUAAAAACUCAUCUUUGGGGUAAAGUUAAGGGUCCUGUAACAGUUCUUGAGGUCAGAGGGAGCUAGCCUGGCACCUGGACUCUGCCCCUCCACAGCUGACAGAUUCCAGCAGGAAGUGUAUUUAAAUUCUCCAGUAGACAGUACUGGGCAGGGGAUGGGGUAGGGUUGGGUUAUUAAGAUACAGACUACUGUAUUUUAGCCAGUGGUUGUGGGGGAGGGGUGCCUGGAGAAAACAAAGUCACUGUUCCCUUUUUUGAAACAAAACUAAAACCUGAAGAAAAAUUUUUGUUCAAUAAAAAUGGGGUAUGAUUUCAUUGUCCCUAGCCACAAGGGACCGGCUCCACUGAGCAGUGAGCAGUGGGGACUCAAACCUUUGAGAACAUUGGGGAAGGGAAAUUGGCUUUCUGUUAAUUGGCAGAUGUUCCAGUGGGGCUUUGUUUUUGUCAGGAUGUGUUAAGUUGUAUGUGCACAUAUGGACCAGAGUCUCUGCUGAGUUUAUAAAGUUCAGAAAAGAUGGUUGAUAAAAUCUUGACUUAAGUUAAUUUAUCUCAAUAAAAGCCCACUGGAACUCCAA